GAUAUGGCAAAACAACAUCUGUCAUUCAGUGUUGACGUAAUGCGGUGACGUGAAUGACGUUUCGAUUUUGACACUUUUGACAGUAAACAUUUUGCACCGCGGCGCGUCUGCAGUCGAGUCGAUUUGCUCAUCGACUACGUUUACGUUUAAUAUGUGGAAUUUAUAACAAUAAUAUCGUAUAAUCCGCUUUGGACAACGAGCUACCGAACGUGGCAGCAGAUCACUCGCAUUCCGUGACAAUAAAAUGCAUUUGUUCAAUCUCAAGAUUAUCAAGAAGCAAUACUUAGCGCUCGGGAUGUUGAUUUUCGUAGUAUUAUUUUUGUUUAAUUCUAAACCCGCGUUCCAGUGUCAGUUAACCCCGGAAACAGCGGCCUACUUGCCGACAAUAUACGGGAUCACGCCAACGUACGCAAGAUUGGCGCAGAAGGCUGACCUGACAAGGUUAUCUCAAACUCUGAUGUUAGUGAAGAAUUUUCAUUGGAUCGUCAUAGAGGACUCUGAUACAAAGACCAAGCUAGUGGAAAAUUUGCUCAAGGAAUCAAACUUAAAGUAUACACAUCUCAAUGUGAAGACUGAAAAGCCUAAAGGAUCUUCGAACCACGGUAAUGGCAGUACGGUUAUGAAUCCCAAUUUAUGUUUAUUGAAGAAUAAAAGGCUCAACAUAAGUUCGUUAUGCGCAAGUGGCGUGGAGCAGCGAAAUAAGGCUUUGGAUUGGCUGCGGGCGCACCUGAGGUCUCCAGAAGGGACCUCGGGCGUCGUGUUCUUCAUGGAUGACGACAACACAUACUCUCUGAAGGUCUUCGAUGAGAUGCGAAAGAUCAAGAAAGUAGGUGUCUGGCCGGUGGGCAUAGUCGGGGGCAUGCGUGUAGAGAUGCCACUGGUUACGGACGGCAAGGUGUCCGGUUACAACGCCGUCUGGAAACCGUAUCGGCCGUUCCCCAUCGAUAUGGCAGGUUUUGCCGUCAACGCGACUCUUUUCCUGGACUUUCCUGAGGCGAAGUUUUCCAGGAAAGUGCAGUCUGGUUUCCAGGAGAGUGAAAUACUUAAAUACGUCGUAACCCAACAGGAGCUAGAGCCACUAGCCGACAACUGCACCAAGGUAUAUGUAUGGCACACACGAACCCAGAAACCAGCCAUACUCAACCCGAAAAAACUCAAAAAACCUCUGGUCCCUGACGACCAUAUCGAGGUUUGAAAUGUUUCCGGUAAACAUCAUAUCGGUUUUACGCUGAGCGUUGAACGCUUGUUUUCAGAAUCCCAAGGGAUUUCGACUAAUUUUUAAAAUGAGCUGUGCUCCUUCCAUAUGUAAAACAUUUCCUGAUAAAAAACAAUGUACGUAUCGAAUUCAGUAUAAUACCAGCCAAAUAUUGACUACAACCCUACAAAUUAGCAGUUAUUAUCACUAAAGCGAUCUCAUUUCACAAUUUCUAAAUUUAGGCAGGCAGUCUCAUGCACUACUAAUUUAAAUUUCGGGAGGUAAAUGAGUCAUUUAUGACCUAAUGCUACACAAUUUAUCAAAAUACUUGAUGUCACGUUUGAUUGAAAAUUCGUCGAUUCGUGAAUUGUCACCCACUCCAAGGGUAAAUAUUGGCCUAUUUUGAUUCCGUGUCGGCGUUUUAGAAAAAGUUGCUACUGUGACCUUUUUAUGUCCAAUGUUUCGGCUUACACGUACCUAGUUUGGGUAUACGAUAUAUAAUGCAUUAUCAAUAAAGUAAGUCGAGUUAAACUGCACUUAUCAGUGCAUUGUAUUGCUAGGUGUUGGGAUAUGCAAUUAUGCAUUUUAAUAUUAAUUGUUGGAUAUUCGUCAUUAAUCAACGUAAGUACGUGGUUUCAAAACGUACCUAAGCUAUUACAUGUUUCUUAACAAGUUUAACAACAGGUAUCUUUCCACAAGAAUUCCAUAAGUAUUAAGUAGAAGAAACAAAAUGUGUUGCGAAAUAAAUGCGAUCGAGUUGAAACUUAGUGUGACUUUAAGUGGGUAACGAAUAUAUAAGAGCUCCCUAAACUAGUUCUCUUUGAGUUUGAACUUGGUACCUAAUUAACAUCAAUGUAGGUAUGUAACUUGGAUUUGGAUAUGAACUAUGAUAAUAUUAAUCUUAAACUUAUAUUCUUUUAAUUGAAAAUAGUAUUUCUCAACUUUCUUCUAGUUCAGUUUUAAACAUAAGUCGCGCAAAAAUAUUUGUAAACUAAAUUGUAAUAAAAACCAUUUCAGUAAUUUUAACUUAGAUGUUUUGAAGUAAUCUUGUUAGAACAGUUGUACGUAAUUAAAUUAAUUGGAAACUAUCCUCAAGGAUAAACAAAUGUUUCGUGCAUCAGUAAAAAUACUCAAUAGGUAUUAUAUGACUACUGUAAUGUAUGUACUAACUUAAUUUUACUAUCGUUAGACAUCUAAUUUGUAAAAGUAACCACAAAUAGAUCAAAGUCACAAUAACCCCAUUAUUGAAUAGGUGUACACUGUACAGUGUUGAUAUAGAACAAAUUAUUCCAUUUCCUCUCAAUGUUUUCAGUAUUAAUAUAUUAUAAUAUCACUCGGCUGUACUAUGUAUAAUAUAAUAUAUAUUUAGUCUUUUACGUUAGAAAAGCUAGCGAUUAUAUAAGAAUGUAGCCAAUUAUAUGUAUAUUUUAUGAAGCGGCUAAAUCUAAUGCGACGUAAGUUGCUCGUUCGUUCUAGUUUACCUAUUUUACGUUAAACCUGCAAUAUUUUAUUGUUCUUACUUUUUAAUAUGUGUGUGUAUUGUGUGGAUGAGAUGAUAAUUGUGUUAGAAUUGUAGCUAAGUAAAUUUAUUUACAUAAUAAAUUCUAUAUUUAUUAACUUAGUAUGUAUUUUAUAAUAUUCAUCUAUCAUUUAACACUGUAAACUUUAAUUUAUAUUGAUUUAAUUUACAUGUUUUGAUGUAAUAUCUAAUUUUACAAAGACUACCAACCAUGUAUAAGUUUAAGAACGCACAAUCAUAUAUUAUUAUUCUUUUACUCAUAAAAUAUUAUAGGUACCUAAUAAUAUUGUAGUACCAACACUCCAGAAGUUAGCUUACCUGCCAUAUACCUUUUACUUUCAAGCUUAGAGUGGCCAGCGAAUCGUGUCACAAGCUAUUUUUUUAAAUUCUUUAUAUGGCAACUUUUUUCCUAUCAAAUAAUCUGUCAGUUUCCAGCUAUCAUUUAAUUUCAUAGUAAUUUUAUUGCCAGGUGCGGUUUUUAUUGAAAUUCCCGCGUUUUUUUUUUGUGCCACGAUACGCUGGCCAGACUCUUAUAUUUUUUAUUUUAUCUGAUGUGUAAUAAAAUAAAAGUCAGUUUUUGCUAGUGCAAUAUCGCCAUAUCACAUCCUCAUAUCAGUUUGUAUUUUGUAUAAUAUGAGUACAUACAUAACAAGUAUGGCCAUCAUUUUAAUUGAGGAUGUGAUGCUAAUUAAACUAUUUAUGUGAACAUUAAUUGAUUUUACUAGUUUUACUUAGUGAAACUUAUUUGUCUAUUUUGAACGAUAUUUACAAACUUAAAAUAGACAAGUAGAGAUAUUAUCACUUUUCCAGCUUUAUUGUUUACCUACUUACUCUAUUUCUUAGUCACGCUAUAUAACUUAGUGAAAUAUUUGACUUAUUACAAUAUAAUCAGGCCUAUUAAGAUAAAUUAAUCUUCGUAAGGUAUUUAUUAUCAUUAGUAAUAAUGGUAAUCAUAAUAUAUUGAACUUAUUUUUAUUUAAGUGUAAUUACCUACUAGUCUUUAAUACAUAUCUUUUGUACUUUAUCGAUAUACUCGUAUAUCAAAAAUUAUCUUGUUUGGCAUCGACUUUCUAUUAUUUAUUUAAAUUGUUUCCAAACCAAAAUAUUGUGUCAACUAUGAAUACCUUGCUGAUUAUAUCAACACUGCGAAAUAAUAAGAAACAAGUAGUUAAUAAUUCCAAAGGCAUGCCAUUUUUUUUAAAGAUCGGCAAGGGUGACGGGUCUUUUUUUUUCGGUCUGCAGCGAACUAAAUCAUCAAUUAAUAUCUGCCAUUUUCCUGGAUUGUUAACCUAUUAGCUCCAUCAUACUGAAAUUUCCAUAAUUGAGAACUAAAAGCAUAAUAUUAUCAUAAGUUUUACUGAAGUGCUCAACUGAUCAAUAUGGUCUACUUUUUAAACUUAGUACGUAAUUACUGAAUUAUAUUGUACUUAUAAUUAGAAUAGUUUUAAGAACAACUAUUGUAAAGUAAUUUAAAGAGCUAUUUUGCACACAUCAUUUAGUUAAAUUUUACUGUGCUGCAGUGUCGAGACAUAUUUUUCUUAUUGUGCAGUAUAUUUAUUAUAAUAGGUAUAUUGACAAUAAUAAAAUGUUCAAAUGUGCUGCAAUGUAAAAUCAACAUUGCUUCUGUUAUAUUAUAAUUUAUAAAUCAUAGCAACGAAACUUAUUUUAUUGUCAAAUAGUAAGUAACGUGGAUUUGUCAUUUAGUAAGAUCUUUGGUACAUAGCAAUAUAUAGUUGGUCAAGCAGAUCUUGUCAGUAGAAAAAGGCGGCAAAUUUGAAAAAUGUAGGCGCGAAGGGAUAUCGUCUCAUAGAAAAUUUGAAUUUCGCGCCUUUUUCUACUGACAAGAUUUGCUUAACCAUCUAUAGCUAGGUAAUAGUGUUGUGGAUGUCAAUACUUUUUUUUAAUAACACUGCAGUAACUUCAGGUAUUUGUCUUUCGCUUACGGCUGUAUUCAGAUCCACAAUUUUAGUUUCAGGGUUCUUUAGUAUUAAUUUUCUAAUGAAACUAUGUUAGUAUUACUCAUACGAGGCAGGCAAAAAGUACGGCUUACUCUAAAUAAUGUUAUUUGAGGAGCACGUAAUUCAUAAAUAACCAACAUAUCCACGGGGUAAAUAAAUUUGACUUUUUGGUCGAAAUAGAUUUGUUUAAAAUUACAUGUACCGUCAUUACAUAUUUAUAUGGCUCCAGAGCAAAAGGUGCCACUUUAUUGGCUGUCAGUAAUGAGCUCUUUGCAUAUAAGUGCAUUUAGAAAUUGGCUUAAUUGACGAGCGACAAAGGAUACUUUUGCUGUGCACUCUGCACUGUCACAAAAUAUAGUCUUAUUCUACAUUACUAAGUAGGUGUAUAAAAGUAUAUUAAGGUAUUAUUUAAGUCGUGACAUAAUUUAAGUAUAAAACUAUGCUCGAACUUAUUUUACACAGAUUUAUGAAUACUUUUCUUAGUUAUGUUAUGUUCUAUUUUAUUUAUUUCCUUUGGGUGGAGUUUAGUAAUACCUACAUAUUUUAUUGUAGCUGAUUAUGUGAUAGCUCAUAGUAUUUAUAAUUUUGUAAAUUCCUUACAUCAUGUAUCAUGAUUAGUCUGGAAAUAAAUAAUUCCAACGUA